AUGAUCGAUGAGGGGAAAACAGAGAAGAAAUCCCAGAAGAAAGGGGGCUUUUGGAAGCAGGUUUCAGUGUGGCUGCUGCAGCUGCACCCCAACUGCCAAGCCAUAGCGCACUGGAAGCUCCAUUUUAAUAAUCCCCCUCAAAUUCUUCUCCCCGAAACCCUAAUUCCCCCACAAAUUACGAACCCCCAAAUUCUCAUCCGGCGAGACUCCCUCAGCCCCCGCCGCCGCGGUAGCAAGAAAUCCCACCCCACCGCGUUGACACCUCCGUCUUCUUCAUCCAAGAAGAACCCAAGCGGCCCACCAAAGCAAACGAAGCCCCGAGCACCCCCGCUGUUUCCGACCAAAUCCCCGACGCUGACAACGCUGAAACGAGCUAUGCUGGAGACGGUCCAGCGAGUUAGACUCGUGCUUCACCAGAAGGAAGAAAGCAUGCAGGAGGAGUGCACUAGACCCCAGCGAGCGAGGGUCCCGUAG